GACCCCCGGUGGGGAUCGAGCCGAGGCCCGACAGGGUCGUGUUAGUCCGCCGGACCCCAGGACUUGGGGAACUGGGUGCACAGACCUCGGAGCCGCGCAGGAGCAAUCCCGGGGCGAGAGCGGUGGGCGAGGUUUGUGAGGUAUCCCCAUGCCUCCGCCCGAGGACCAUGUCCAUGAUCUUCUUCGCUAGCGUGGUACGGGUGAGGGACGGACUGCCCCUCUCAGCCUCCACCGACUUCUACUACGCCCCGGACUUCCUGGAGUGCAGGCGGCGCCUCAAGGCCCUGGCUGUGCAGCUCGCCCGGCACCCGGGCCGCGGCUCUGCAGAGAGCCGGGACUUCUGCAUACACUUCUCUUCUGCAGGGAAUGUGGCCUGCAUGGCCAUCUGCUCCCGCCGGUGCCCAGCAGCCAUGGCCUUUUGCUUCCUGGAGACCCUGUGGUGGGAAUUCACAGCAUCCUUCGACAACACUCGCGUCGGCCUCGCCUCCAGGCCCUACGCCUUCCUCGAGUUCGGCAGGCUGCGGUGCAGCGUCCUGCGCUGCGUUCCUCUCCCCACAUCCGUCUGCGUUGCCUUCCUCCAGCGCGGUGUGGGGACCUGGCAGGAGGCCGUUUGGAGCCGAGUCUCCUCAUGGCCGGAGCAGCACGAGGCAAAGCACACUGGGGCUGGCAUCGGGCGUGAUUCUGCUUUGGCCAUGUACAGCACCAUUCAGAAAAUGAAGUGGCAUUUUAACCACGGGAGCGCCUCGCAGAUGGAGAGCAGCGUGGCGAAGGUUCAGGAGGAGCUCGGCUUCCAGCCCCCGGUGGUUCUCUCCCUGGAGGACGCAGACGCAGCCCACAGCCUGGCGAACGGGCAUGCACCCGUGCACACCGAGCCCGCUCCCCGUUUCCGCAUGGAGCCCGUGACCACCCUGGGUGUCCUGUCCCUUGUCCUCAACAUCAUGUGCGCCGCUCUCAACCUCAUCCGCGGAGUUCACCUGGCAGAGCGCUCAUUACAGGUUGCCCAGGAGGAAAUUGGGAACAUCCUGGCUUUUCUCGUUCCUUUUGUAGCCUGCAUUUUCCAGUGCUACCUGUACCUGUUCUACAGCCCGGCCCGCACGGCGAAGGUGCUCCUGAUGCUGCUUUCCAUCUGCCUGGGCAACGUGUACCUGCAUGGGCUGCGCAGCCUGUGGCAGAUCCUCUUCCACGUCGGGGUGGCGUUUCUGUCCUCACACCAGACCCUCACGCGGCAGCUGCAGGAGAAGCAGUCGGACUGUGGUGUGUGAGGGUGCCCACGGCGCUGGCCCUGCCCGGAGGGUCGGUCCCCGCCUCCUUUCCUGCUCUACUCAGCCCACUCCCCGCCAGAACUUGGGUCCUGGCACCCAGUGAGUGGUGCUGAGCAUGCCAGCCUGGUCCGCCUAGGGCACGUUCGGGAGGGUGCCCGCCUGGACAGCGGCGCAGGCUGGGUCUGCUGAGUUAGGCAACUGUCCUGCACCGCUCCAGAAGCCGCUCUGAAACCAGAUCCGCUCCACAGCCCACGUAGGACUCAGCAUUUUUCUUUUGAGGAGAGGGUCAGACAGGGUGAAUUGAAAACCUAGGUAGAGUUCAUAAAUACAAGCUAGAUAAAUCUUGUUUAUAUUUUUGAGAACUUAGGUCUGCUAUACCUUUGGAAUAUUUAUAUUUUGGAUAUAAAUUGAACUUCAGCAGGAUGAGAACAAAUUUAAGCUGAGAGAAUGGCAGAGAAGCCUGAGCUCAUUUAAUUUUGAAAGGGUAUGUAACCCUGUAAGGGGGUCUGUGAGGGCAUUACUUGUGCUUACUUGCCAGGUGGUAUUGGGAGUUUUUAAUCGGUUGAGCAGCCAGCGCUGAUGCCCAGUCAGCCUGGAGGCCCAUGCAGGGACAGGACUCUGGGCGCCCGACACCGGCCACAGAUGCAGGAGACCAGGGGAGGGGACCUUGUGCCGUGUCCCAUACCUGCUCAGAGAGCUCUCUUGUUUUGGUAGUGAUGAGUACGUGACCCUGUGCACCUCUGCCCAGAGGGCCGCUCGAGGUAAUUCUCCUCUUCCUUUCUCGAGAGUCUCGUUUUUAAUGGGCCUCAUUUUUAAUGAACAAAAAGCCAGGAUGUAGCUGGGCAUGGUGGUGUAUGCCUGUCAUCUUGCACCGU